UUCUUCACUCAUUUCAUCAUCAUUCUUCCAUUCUGCAGAAUGAGGCUGUGCGUCGUGCUUCUCUUUGUUUCUCUGCUGACAUCAUGUGAAGCACAAGGAACCAUUGAGACUCCUGUGUUUGUGCUGAAGGGACGUGAUCUGCUCCUGAAGCUUCAUGCUGAUCCUCCUGAGGGGGUUUCAUAUGUUGAAUGGAAAAUCAAUAAAACAGUCCCUUUAGUAAUAUUUGAUCCUAGUGGAAAAGCAGCUGUUUCUGGAAAGGUUGAGUUGGGUGGGAAAAACUUCUCUGUGAUAUUGAAGAAUCUCCAAGAGGCCGACAGUGGAGUUUAUUCUGCUGUAGCAGCAACAUCUACAUCUACAGCAGACAAACUAGUAUCUGAAUACAAGGUCACAGUUCAAGGACCAGUGUCUCCAGUUGAACUGACCGUGGACCGAGUGGACUCCAGGAGCUCAGAGUCAUGUGACCUCCAUGUGACCUGCAGGACUCACAACUCUCACAUCAGCAGCACUUUCAAGUGUCCUAAAGGGGUCUGCAGUCAGGAGGGAGGAGAGCGAUCAGAGGUCACGACCUCUGGGGCCUCUCUCCAGGUCUACCUGUUGAAGAGCACCAUCAUCUGUAACCAUAGCAACCAGGUUAACUGGACACAGGACUUUAAUACGACUGAACAUUUUUGCCCUGAACAUGCUGAGCUUCCCUUCGUGUUCCUGGUGAAGAUGGUGGUGUUCUCUGUGGCUCUGAUCAUCAUGGUGUCUGCCGUCAUCACUGUUCACCUCGUGGACUUCAAGAAGCACCAAGAAAGAAAUGGAGGUCAAACCCCUCACGCUGCCCUGGAGGAAAGCUCCCACCUAAAGGUCACCUUUUAG